AUGCUUCGACAACUUCUUCCGCGGUGCGGGAGAGCUUUAAGAGCUCCCGUCCCGCGCUCUUCCUAUACGUUGCCCGCAUUGCAACGCACAUCCAGGUGGUACAGCAUCCAGCCAGAGGCAGCCUCAGUGGCAAAACCUCUGGAUAUAGAUCCUACGAAGUUAUCUAUCAUUAAGACGCAGUCGCCCAAGACCCCUAAGGACCCUGCGGAACUUGUCUUUGGAAGGGAGUUUACAGAUCAUAUGUUGACGAUAGAAUGGACAAAAAAUGACGGCUGGCUCACGCCCACCAUUCAACCCUACCAAAACCUCUCUCUCGAUCCCGCUACUUGCGUCUUCCACUAUGCUUUCGAGUGUUUCGAGGGUAUGAAGGCGUAUCGCGAUAAUAAGGGCCAGAUACGGUUGUUCCGCCCCGACAAGAACAUGGAGCGCUUCAACAAGUCCGCCGCCCGCAUUGCUCUUCCCACUUUCGGCCCUACUAGCCUGAUCGAUCUGAUUGCUAAGUUUGUUAAGCUUGACGAGCGCUUCAUUCCCAACGGCCGCGGCUACUCCCUGUACCUACGUCCGACACUCAUCGGCACGCAAAGGACCCUGGGCAUCGGUGCGCCGGGCUCGGCUCUACUUUUCGUCAUAGCGUCGCCCGUGGGUCCUUACUACCCCACCGGCUUCAAGGCCGUGUCGCUCGAGGCCACCGACUACGCCGUACGAGCUUGGCCCGGCGGCGUAGGCGACAAGAAGCUCGGCGCCAACUACGCGCCUUGCAUCGUGCCGCAGAUGGAAGCCGCCUCUCGCGGAUUCCAACAGAACCUAUGGCUAUUUGGACCUGAGGAAUACGUGACCGAAGUCGGUACCAUGAACCUUUUUGUGGCGAUCCGCAAUAAGGAGACGGGCCAGAAAGAGCUCAUCACCGCGCCUCUCGACGGCACCAUCCUAGGCGGCAUAACACGCGACUCCAUCCUAAGCCUUGCGCACGAGAAGCUUGCACCUGAGGGGUGGUUGAUCUCGGAACGCAAGAUCACUAUGCCGCAGCUGUACGAGGCAUCGUUAGACGGGCGCUUGAUCGAAGUCUUCGGCGCGGGAACGGCAGCCGUCGUUAGCCCCGUACGAAAGAUUAGCUGGAAGGGCAAGAUGGUUGACUGCGGUUUGGCUGAGAAUGAAGAGUCGGGUGAGGUUGCUAAUAAGAUGAAGAGCUGGAUAGAAGCUAGACAAUACGGAGAUGAGGAGCAUGAGUGGAGUCACAUAUGUUAG